UUGACGUCAAAAAAUCCAUGUUGUCAGCACUGGUGCGAAUGAAAAAUCAGAAGACAAAGAAAAAAGGUUUACUGCGGGAUGUUUUUAUUUUCAUUGCGUUGUAAUUGCACUUAAACAAAAGCGAAUCGGUGGCGAGAAACAAACUAGGUGCAUGUGUCUAUUUUUGUACAAAUCAAACGCACAGCAUUGAGUGCAGCAUCAAUAGGCUGUGGCUGUGUAUGUGUGUAUACAUAUAUGAAUACAUACAUAUGUGAAACGAAAAUAAUACGCAGCCUGUGUGUGAGUGUGUUCGUGUGUGUUCCGGAUCCGCGCCACCCCGCUAAGCUAAAGCUCUUCCAGCAGAGGGUCUAAAUCUAAAUGUGUAGAUGUAAAUGUAAAUGUAAAAUGGAGAGUGCGAGCAGAGAAUUGCAACAACAAUAACUAAAUCUUCCACUACACAAAGCAGCAACAAAAGAAGCCCCACCAACCCCCGUUGCGUGUGCAGUAGCCUUGUAAAGAAGUAAUUUUACGUAUUUUGCUUUACACUCGCCCUUCAGUCCGUCGAAACAGGCAAGACAACGGCAACGGGAGCGGCAGUCAACCAAGAACGCAGUUACACACACUUACACUUGAACACAUAGUACACCAUGGACUCGGACAUUGAAAUGGAAUUGGAUUCGGACAACGAUGGAGAGUUUGACGACGAUUAUGAUUACUAUAAUACAGGUGAAGAUUGUGAUGUGGAGCGACUCAAUCCCAAGCUCGCUGAUCCUGAAUACUUUGAAUACGACUGCCUAACAGUGGAGGACAUAGAGAAACUGCUAAACGAGCUGGUAGAGAAAUUAAACACAUUUUUACAAAUAACACCAUCGUUGGCCAAGGUGCUGCUGCUCGAACACCAAUGGGAUAGCAAUGCUGUGAUGGAGAAAUAUAGACAAGAUGCGAACGCCUUGCUGGUAACAGCGCGCAUCAAACCGCCCACAACGACAACGACGGGAACAGCAACAACAACGGAAGGUGCAACGACAAGCGCCGCAGCAGCGGCACAACUGGUGCGAUUGGGCAGCAGUGGCUACAAAACAGCGUCAUCCAGCUCUAGUACAAAUUCAUCAUCCCAACAGUCGCAGCAUCGUAGACUGUGUCCGGUCUGCGCGAGUACGCAGCCGAGUGACAGAUUCUAUAGCUUGGCUUGUGGCCACUCGUUCUGCAAGGACUGCUGGACAAUUUACUUUGAGACGCAAAUCUUUCAGGGCAUUUCCAUACAGAUUGGCUGCAUGGCACAGAAUUGCAAUGUGCGCGUGCCGGAGGAUCUGGUGCUGACGCUUGUCACACGCCCCGUCAUGCGCGACAAGUAUCAGCAGUUUGCUUUUAAGGAUUACGUCAAAUCGCAUCCGGAGCUGCGCUUUUGCCCCGGACCCAAUUGCCAAAUCAUAGUGCAAUCAGCGGAGAUCUCUGCCAAGCGUGCCAUUUGCAAAGCUUGCCACACAGGCUUUUGCUUCAAAUGCGGCAUGGACUAUCAUGCGCCCACAGACUGCCAAAUAAUUAAGAAGUGGCUAACCAAGUGCGCCGAUGACAGCGAAACGGCGAACUACAUAAGCGCACACACCAAAGACUGCCCCAAGUGUCACAUUUGCAUCGAGAAGAACGGCGGCUGCAAUCACAUGCAGUGCUUCAAUUGCAAGCACGACUUUUGCUGGAUGUGCCUGGGCGACUGGAAGACGCACGGCUCCGAGUAUUACGAGUGUUCACGCUACAAGGACAAUCCCAAUAUAGCCAACGAAUCGGUGCAUGUGCAGGCGCGCGAGGCUCUCAAAAAGUAUCUGCAUUACUAUGAGCGCUGGGAGAAUCACUCCAAGUCGCUCAAGCUGGAGCAGCAGACCAUAGAUCGCCUGCGGCAGCGCAUCAAUUCGAAGGUGAUGAAUGGCAGCGGCACCUGGAUCGACUGGCAGUAUCUGUUCAAUGCAGCAGGACUGCUCGCCAAGUGCCGUUAUACGCUGCAAUAUACCUAUCCCUAUGCCUACUAUAUGGAGGCGGGCUCGCGCAAGAAUCUAUUCGAAUAUCAGCAGGCACAAUUAGAGGCUGAGAUUGAGAACUUGUCGUGGAAAAUUGAGCGUGCGGAGACAACAGACCUGGGUGAUCUCGAGAAUCAAAUGGAUAUUGCUGAGAAACGUCGCACCACUCUACUCAAAGACUUCUUUCCCGUGGACAACAAGGCAUAGGCUUCCACAGCCCCCCUCCCCCUAAUUGACAACAUUUUACUUUUUGUCGACUCCACAGACAGUAUAAGAGACGCUUACAUAAUAAUCCAAAAUAUGGAUAAGUAGUUUAAACAAUAGCUAAUUUUAAUAUUAACAUUCAAGUGCAUAUGUAGCUAUAAUAACUAGUUUCUACUACUACUACUACAAGUAUGUAUAAUUAACCUAUAGUUGUGAAUUUUCGAUAUCACUCAAAAAUCGAUGCAAUUGCAAUACAACGCCAUGCGCAAAAGGAGGAAACAAUAGCGUUUAGCAUAGGGAACAGAACACAUACAGCCAGACCAGCCAGUCGCCCAAAUCACAAAGCAAUAUUCCAACUAACAAAACUAUAGCCAGCAAAUGUAACAAUUAAUAAUGUUAACAAGUUCAUACAAAUCAAUCAUGUUUUAAUACUAUGUCUCUGCAUAUAUACAAAUUGUAACUUAGCUGAAGCAACAAUAAUUAACAAUAUAGCCAUAUAAAUUUGAAAAUCAUUAGAAUAUAUUCAAGUUUCCCUACGUCUUCGUAUUGUGAAUUGGCAGCGCUGUUUUUCAUAUUAAGCUAAUAUAUAAUUUUAGUUUUGUAGGACUUAUAUGCUAAGUAUGCUUAUGCGACUGAAUUGAAAUUAAAUUAAAUGCAACAUUAAAUUAAAUUCAA